ACUGAAAUCGCCAAAAUGGGCCGGGUUUUAAGGUGUGCCCAGUCGGCCCAACCGCCCUACACUCUUCCUGUGUGGCAGUGGCAUCUUCUUCCCGUGCCCUCUCGUGUGGAGCAGAAGAAGCGUAAUCCAGUCCGCACCCGCUCGCUCGCUCUAUCCGCGUCCCAAGCCAUGGCCGCCACAGGCACAGCAGUGUCCACAGCGGCGGCCUCGCUCCCGCCACGCGGGCUACGCCAGGAUCCCCCGUCGUCGCUUCGGAAGCGGCAUUGCGCCGCCGUCAGGCCCCUCGCCGCCUCCCCUACCGCCACCAGCGGUGACGCCGCGGCGGUGGAGAGCUCCCCGCGGCGGCAGGUGCUUGUGGCUGGGGCUGCCGCGGCCGCCGCCUUCGUCUCCCGGCGGCCUAACCAGGCGGCACUCGCAGCAGAGUACCUGCCUGUGAUCGACAGGAAAGCUGGCUACUCCUUCGUCUACCCGUUUGGAUGGCAGGAAGUGGCUGUGCAAGGGCAAGACAAGGUGUACAAAGAUGUGAUUGAGCCCUUGGAGAGUGUGAGCAUCAACAUGAUUCAGACCACGAAGGAGGACAUCCGUGACCUCGGGCCUCCAGAUCAGGUUGCUGAGGCUUUGAUACGAAAAGUUCUAGCUCCACCUACGCAAAAGACAAAGUUAAUCGAGGCAAAAGAGAAUGAUAUUGAUGGAAGAGCUUACUACACUUUCGAGUUCACAGCUCAGGCUCCAAAUUUCACCAGACAUGCACUUGGUACAAUUACCAUUGCAAAUGGCAAAUUUUACACGUUGGCGACAGGGGCAAACGAGAGGAGAUGGGAUAAGAUGAAGGACAGGCUACACAAAAUCGUCGAUUCCUUCAAAAUUGAGACAAAAGUAUAAGGGGUGCUUGAGGUGCUGAUUUUCUUGUUGACUUGUUCGAUUUCGGGAGCUGCGACUGGCAAGGUCAACGGUAAAUACUGAGGAGGACAUGGAGUGUAUUGAUUCUUCUUUCUUUCUUUUUUGCUUUGAAAAUUGUGGUCUGAGAAUUAAAUACUUCUCUUUGUAUGUAUAUCUUUUCAGCCUAUGUACUCUGAUCUUUGUACUCCCUCGGAUCCAUAAUAAGUGUCUUAGAUUUAGUACAAAGUUACAAUCCAAGACACUUAUUAUUGAUUAGAGUGAGUAGUAAAAAAAACCUGGACCGUGUAAAUGUGUCACCCUAUAAUCAGUGUUACAUAGAGAGGGAAAAAAAGUCUA